GUGGACCCGGCCGGCGGCCGGCGGCGCGCGUCAGUCGUCCAGAGCUCACGGCGGUGGUGGUGCGUGCCGCCUGCACCGGAGGUGCUCCACGAAAUGUGCUCGGGGCCGGGUCGGGUCUGAUCACGAUUUCCGUGGACACGAGAGGUCUCGCUGGGUGCGGCUGAAGCAUGCGAAGCGGUGGACGGUAGACUCGGAGAAACUGUCACACGGAGACUGGUGAGAUGUGGAUGUGCGUGCUGCAGAUCGGAGCGGCCCUCGCAGCCGUCUUACCAGGGUUAGCUGCACUAGAGCUGAACCAGGUCAUCAUUCCGAAGCACGUGAUGCGCGGUGCCGACGCCGACCUGGCGUGUCUCUACGACCUGCAGGGCAAGGAGCUCUACUCCAUCAAGUGGUACAAAGACGGGAAGGAGUUCUACAGGUUCGAGCCGUCCACGAGCCAGAAGAAGAAAAACUUCCCCCAGCCGGGAAUCAAGGUCGAUUUGUCUGCGUCGAAUGCGACGCACGUGCGUCUUCAGGAGACGACCCUUCAGUACACGGGCCGGUACAUGUGCGAAAUAUCGACAGAGGCGCCCACCUUCUCCUCCAAGCAGGGCAAGGGCGAGGUGCACGUCGUAGUGUUCCCCGAGGAGGGCCCGGUUAUAACGGGCGGCAAGUCGCGCUACGAGGUCGGUGACCGGGUCAAGGUCAACUGCACCUCCUACAAGAGCAAACCGGCCGCCGAGCUCACCUGGUUCAUUAACAACGAGGAGGCGGCGUUGGAACACGUGGAGCUCUGGCCACCCACCAUCCACGACGACGGUCUGGAGACGAUGACGGCUGGCCUGCACUUCCGAGUGCGGCCGCACCACUUCCGCUCUGGCAACAUCAAGCUCAAGUGCGUCUCGCAGAUUCCCGACAUGGUGCAGCCGGUGUACUGGCAGAGUCGCGAGGAGAGCGCCGUGGGCGACCGGCCGCCCGAGGUCUCCCAGGUGCUAGACAGCACGGCCGACAACCGGAAAAAUAACGGCUGUCCGCUCUGUCACGAGAUCGCCAACUGGCUCAUUUUGGCGGUGAGCGUCAUCCUCGCCAGAUGAGAGACCAGCGAGGUCAGAUGAGUGGGCCAGCAAGGUCAGAUGAGCCGGUCCGCAGGUCAGAUGAGCCGGUCCGCGGGUCAGAUGAGCCGAUCCCCAGGUCAGAUGAAUAGACCCGCCGUGAACGUGUCAGCAGGUCAGGUGACGACCUUAUUCCGCGUGGCAUGAGGCUGGACUCGAACAGCGUGAUCAGGGCCGCCCGCGGCCCAUAGUGCGGCGAGCAUCGCUCUCCAGUUAAUGUAUCGGUGUAUGUGUUCACUCCCAUAUCCUGGGCAACGCUUGGCAAGAUAUCGAGGUGAAGCAUUGACUGGCGCGGCUGACAUCCCCAGCGCAUUUGGGGAGCGAUUUCAUCGGGAAUGAAAGGUGAUAUUAGAAGCAGAGUUUAGUUGAAAGCGCGAGAAAAGUGUCCUCCGCACUUCACCAGCGUUUUUCUGGAUCAUGAUGAAUGCUGAAUCAGCUGCAGCUGAGAGUGUGAAGAUGACUUCUUCCGAAUUUCUUUGACGUGGCUGUCAUACGCACGCGUCGGACGUCGGCGAGAGUGCCGGCUGACAGUUGACAGUUGACAGGUGCCGCCUGUCAUCGCGCGCUGGGAGAGAGGUGUCAUCGAAAAAUACUCUGCUGGGACGCGCGUCUCCGAGAGAGUCAGCGGAAGCAAGCAAUGCAAUCACUCGUAGGCCUCGUAAACUGCGUUUCCGGCAUUUGAGGCCUGGCUCGUUAAUGUUGGUGUUCCGAACUGGACGAAGCGGCCGCCCGGAUGUGCAGAGAACGUGUGCGGCGCCGGUAGACAGUGGCGGGCGCUCGUGAGUGUUUGCCGCCGGGCAGUCUCCGUGUGGCGGUGUGCGGCGAGGUCGGCCCCGGUGUCAGGUCGACCUCCCGCAGUCAAUGUGAUAACACUAGUCUUUGGCCAAAGAGCGGGGACGGCCCCUCUGCGCUGGCGAAGACUGGACGUAGCUCUUUGAUAUCACCAGAUAAGGUCUGUGUUUUUGUUUCGAGAUGUGCACGCCUGGCAGAUGAUCUGAGCCAGUGUGCGUUUUAACGAAGUGUCUUUUAUUUUUGUCAAGGAGGGAAGCUACGCCGAACUGUGCAGCUCCCGUAAGUUGUCCGUUGUGUUUCUGCAUGCUUUGGCCGACCAUGUUGGUGACAUGCGGGCCGCUCUGCGCGAUGACGCGUCGGUCGUGUCCCACCCUUGUCGCCGGCGAAUACAAUGGAGCGCCGUUUUCCUGUGGAUGUCUGCCAGCUCAUUGUUUCCGUGUUGAGUGUCUGAUUGUGAUUCCUGACGAUGUGUGCGAGCCAAUGCGGCUGUCACAUGGCUGCAGUCCUCCCCUCCCCCCCCCCCCCCCCGCCUCCCCAGCCGACACAACAGCGACUUGAAAGCAAAACAUCCCGGUCCCACAUCUUCCAUCGUCACCUGUCGUCGACCUCCCGCCGUGCGCCGCCACCCACAGUUCAUCGCUUAAACUUCGGACGUGCAAAUGCCAUGCCGCAACGUUACGUUGACGGGUUGUACGCGUUCCUCCGUGAUGACUCCGAAACCAAAACACGCGCGGUGUGGUUACGUUAACUCCUGUCAAACUCUCGCGUCGUUCGGACGUGCUCUCACCAGUGACGGCUAUGUAGAUGGAUGCCGCUCGCGCGCAGCGUCGCUGGCGACACGCGGCUAUCCAUCGACGGCCGUAUCUGCACGUGCAGACCCCGCCGAAUCGUCUCGGCUGUCGCCCUCCGUCACCGUCGCGGCGGCGCGCCCUUCACAGUAGCAAACAGCCCAUCCGUCACCCUGACUCGUUCGGCAAAGUGCACUCUCUCAUUUUGCGCGCUCGCCAUGAUUUAGUUGCCCAGACCCUCGGUGACUGCCCGCCACUCCGCACCGCUCGCGCCGGCUUUGUCGCGAGACGCGAUGCGCCCCAUUGCGCCGCUAAUGUCUAUUCUGCGCUGCAUACGCUCCGACUAAGGAGGCGCAGAGGAACUGAAUGAGGAGGAAAUUCGUUGCCGCUCUCGCGUCAGGAGCUGUGUCAGUGUUUGCCAGCGAAAAGCUGCUGGUACUAAUGUGUGGGCCGAGCCUCUGACUAUCAUGUUCGGGUGAGGCUCGGACUGCACGUUGAACUGCAGGGCGACAUAGACUGGCAGUAUAUGUUGUAAGUGUUAAUAUAUGCUUUAUUUAUGAACACUGA